AUGACGUCACGGCUCUGCUUGACAAUACUCCUAAUGGCUGGAGCCGUCCAGGCCUAUAGAUUCAAGCGACAAGACCGCAAUUUCCGAGGUCCCCCUCAACUCCCACCCAAUUUCCGGCCAAGCCAACCGAUCUCAAACCCUCAGCCUCAGUCAUUCCGUCCUCAAAUCCCACCUCAAAUUCAGCCUCAGGUUCCCAUCCAGCCACAGCCUCAAGGUCAAUUCAUUCCCUUCCAAUCUGGUCCUCCAUCAAACAACUUUAUCCCCACCGGUCAUUUUGCCCAAGCUGGAUUUGCUCCCGCAGCUCCAGCUCAAUUUGUCCCUUCGCAAUUCGUCCCACAACAACAACAACCGCAACAGCCACCUCCCCGUCAAUUCUUGCCCAAGCCAGCUCAACCAUUGCAAGAGCCCGCUGAACAAAAGAAAGAGCAAGCUCCAGAAGGCACUCCAGAACCUCAAGGGCUCCAAACUACGACCUCUGCCGCUCCAGAGACCCCAGUUACUCCAUCGAUACCAGUUGACAAAAACGUCGACCUUGAUGGUGAUGGUGUCUUGAGUCUGGCUGAAGUUCAAUAUGCCGCUUUCGUUCAUCACGGACUAUCGUCUAGCGUUGUCGAGACCUUAUUCAACCAAGUUGACAAAAAUAAGGACGGAUAUUUGAACGGAAAUGAAUUCAGUGAUGUUAGACCACUGGUUUUGGCCAAAUCAGAGAACGCCGCUCUCCGAUAUCUACAGGCAUGUUCAAAAAAAUCUGGCAAAACUCUUAUUUUAGAAUGUUGACACCGAUCGAAACGGUCUUUUGAGUCUUUCCGAAGCCCAAGCCUACAUCCUGAAAGAGUACGGAAUCAGCAACAGAGAUGUCGAGAGAAUCUGGAAGUUGGUUGUGCCAAGUACCAACGACGAAAUGGACGCAGUUCUUUUCAGCAAGCUCCGUAGAAGAGUCAGAGGGAUGAGCAUCCGUUUGGCUAGGCAAAUCAUGAAGGUAAAGCCUCAAAACAAAAAUUAAAACUUCAUUUCAGACUGCUGAUGUCAACGAGGACGGCCAUAUUGAUCUGAAGGAAGCUCAAAUGAUUGCUUUCGAACAAGAAGGAAUCGGCAGUGGAGAUGUUGUCGAGAUGCUCGCAAGUGUCGACGACAACAACGAUGGAGAACUUAACGCUCCCGAGUUUGCUGACUUUGAGAGAAUCGUCCGCGCGCGCUCUGUAGACACUGCGAGAAAGGCGCUGAAAGUAGUCGACACCGACCGCAGCGGAUCCUUGACCAUCGAUGAGGCCAAGAAAAUCGCUUUUGAUCACUACGGAUUCGAUGAAAGAACUUUGGAACCAUUCUUUGCUCAAGCCGACGAGAAUGAGGAUGGAGAAUUAGAUGCUGUUGAAUUUGCUGGCUUCCGUUCUGUCAUCAGAAACAGAGCGGUUAAGAAUGCACAAGCUCUUUUUGCUGAAUAUGACACUAAUGGAGAUGGAGUUGUCAGUGGAAUCGAGGCCGAAGAAAAAACUCGACGAGAGGAUGAUCUGGAUGCCAAAGAGACGCUCGGACUCUUCAAUGUCGCUGAUCAGGAUCGUAGCAACUAUUUGGACAAGGUCGAGCUGGCCGAUUUUGUUCGACUAGUCAGAUUGAGUGCUAUUAAGUACAUCAACGACCAUAUCAGAGUAAGUAAUUUCCAAUAUAAAUUUACUACAUCUGAUUAUAAAUCAGGUGUGCCUUACGGCGGUCGUAACCUUUAAUUGUUUUUGCUACUUUCCAGGAUUUCGAUACGAACCGCGAUAAACAGGUCAGUGUUGAUGAAUUGGAGACGAUCAUCGAAGACAAAUAUCGGGUCGAGCCCGCCGUGACGCGCCACAUCUUCGAGAAGGUGGACGUGGACAGCUCCAUGGAUCUGAGUGCGGGCGAGAUUGUCGACUUCAGACAUGAGAUCCGGAAAUAUGUUGCAGACAGAAACGCGCGACAGGAGCUCAACGAACAGAACCGCCUCGAGUUGGCGGAGAUCGAAGCCAAUUUGAAGGGAGAGCCUGCUCCUCGUCGUGAGCUGAACCGCGUCCAAAUCAAACCAGAACCAGCGCAGGUAAACAAGACAGAAAAGCGAAUAGCACUAAUAUUAUAGUAUCCAUGACAUUUAAAAUACAGCAAAGAAUAUUCAUCAUCUUUAGGAACCCAAAGAAGCCGAGCCAGAACCAGAAAAGCCGGAGUCAAAGCCCGAACCGGUCCCAGAGCCAACCACAAAGCAACCAAUUGCUGAUUCUGAGGAUAAAGUAGAAGAUCCUAUGGAGAAACCCGCCUCCGAGACACUCAAAAUCAAGCCCAAAUCUGGAGAAACACAGGCAGCGCCCAAGGAAGACAAGCCAGCAGCCACCGAGCAAAAAGAAGAAGUAGAAUACGAACUAGUCGAAGAAGUUGUGGACGAAGAUACCACUGUUCCUCCAACAACCACUAGCACUACCACCACUACGACAACGACGACCACAACCACCACCACAACGACGGCAGCACCAACAACGCCAGCUGCGCCAGUCAAAAGGACUAGAAUCGUCAAAGUCAGAAGGCCGAAAACCACCACUACUACUGCAGCUCCAGGUAAGAGAAUUUCCGGCUAACUAACAACUAUAAUGACCUUUAUCCCUCACGAAGACACCUAAACGCCCUUUAUAUUAACUAUUAAAUUAUCUUCAGAGGAAGAGAUCGUAGAAGAAGUGGUGGUCGAAGAGGACGAACCCGCUCCCAGCCGCCGUUAG